AUGUCGCGUACCACCCCUUCAGAUGAUCCGACAACCCCACUGUUACAAUCGGCUGUGGCGAAACCUGUAGCAGGCGCAUAUCAGACACUAGAACCACAGAGAGACGUUGACAGUGAACUGAAUCGACCAGAACUAGCUCUAGCAAGGUGGAAUGGGUCUGCCAUUCAGACAUGGCGGGUGCUCGCUACCUUCUUUUGCUUCAUUGUGGUCGGUGCGAACGAUGGCACAUACGGAGCACUCGUCCCUUAUCUUUGUGACUACUACGAAUUAGACUAUGCCGCUGUGUCUGUGGUCUUUCUUUCCCCUUGUGUCGGGUAUGUUGCUGCUGCGCUAGUCAGCAAUUGGACUCAUGAGCGCUUUGGACAGCGCGGCGUUGCACUUCUGGGAUCGACAUGUCAUAUAGUUGCCUAUGUCGCCUGUUCACAACAUCCGCCCUACCCCGUCCUUGUCUCCCUCUUUGUGUUGGCUGGACUAGGUAAUGGUGUGCUCGACGCCGCAUGGAAUGCUUGGAUUGGUGUUAUGGCACAGAGCAGCAGAUUGAUGGGAAUCCUCCAUGGCUUCUACGGCGUUGGUGCGGCAUUAGCGCCGCUGACUGCUACCUCUCUGAUUACCAGUCGUGGAUGGCACUGGUAUCAGUAUUACUAUCUCAUGGCGGGUGGCGCCAUCAUUGAGGUUGUGACGCUAACUCUUGCGUUCUGGUCGGCGCGAGGUAGUUCGGCCAAGGUAGAGCAUCAAAGCAACGGGAACGGAGCCGAUACCAAGCUCUCCUGGAGGGAAAGGUUGCGCGGUAACCCCACAAUACAGUCGCUAGAGUCAGCGGCAACGUGGAUAAUCUGUCUAUUCAUUUUUAUUUAUGCCGGGAUUGAAAUCACCUUGGGUGGUUGGGUUUUCACCUACCUUGUCCGCCAACGAGGCAUACCUCCAUUCGCGGCGGGUAUGGCAAAUUUUGCUUACUGGGCAGGGCUAACGUUGGGCCGUGUGCUCCUCGGAUUCUUGACGACAUAUCUUCAAAUCGGCCAAUACACGGUGAUUGUGUACCUGGCAGCUUGCUUGGCAUUCCAUAUUGUGUUCUGGCUGGUGGAGGAGAUAAAGGUCUCCGUAGCUGCAGUUGCCUUGCUAGGAUUUUUCCUCGGCCCAUUGUUCCCAGAAGCAGUCAUUGCCUUGGCACAUCGUUUACCCAAGCAUUUGCAUAUCGCAGGUAUUGGGAUCGCCGUCGCUCUAGGGAGUGCUGGUGGUUGUGUGUUCCCAUUCAUAACGGGGGCCCUGGCAAAGGUGGCAGGCAUCCAAAUUCUGCAGCCAGUGGUUCUAGGGAUGCUCGUUCUUUGCUUAUCAAGUUGGAUUGUCUUUGUAUCGAUGUCAAUGCGGGAAUCAUUUUGA